UGGCGAUAUAAAAGUGAAAGAAUCACAUUUCCUUCUUUCUCUAUUCUCUCACAAGGCGAAGGAAGGCUUUGCCGUUUAACUCCGACCAACAUCAGCGUCACCCUCGGUCACGAAUUUGGCAACAUGUCUAAAAGACCAGCAGUUGGCAUUGAUCUCGGGAGCACCUACUCCUGCUUGGGUGUGUUCCAGCAUGGUUGAAAUCAUUCCCAACGACCAUGGCAACAGGAACACUCCAAGUUAUGUUUCCUUCAGACUCAGACUUAUUGGUGAUGCCGUCAAUAAUCGGGUUACCAUGAACCCCGCAAACACAGUAUUCGACAGUCAACAAUGCAGUCGUUGUGCCUGCUUAAUUCAACGACUCCCAGUGCCAGGCAUCCAAAGAUGCUGGCACCAUCUCAGGCCUGAAUGUAAAGCUAAUAUAGACGGUAUCCUCCAGGUGUAUGAGGGUGAGAGGGCCAUGACCAAGGACAACCUGUUGGGCAAGUUGGCGCUGACUGGAAUCCCCCCUGCACCUCACGGUGUUCUUCAGAUUGAGGUCACCAUUGACGCUAACGACAUCAUGAAGGUGUCUGCAGCUGACAAGCACACUGGCAAGGAGGACAAGAUCACUAUCACCAAUGACAUGGGUCAUCUGAGCAAGUCCAUUGAGCGCCUGGUCCAGGAGGCUGAGAAGUACAAGUGUGAGGAUGAUGUGCAGCGUGACAAGGUUUCCUCCAAGAACUCCCUGGAGUCCUACUCAUUCAACAUGAAACUACAGGGCAAGAUCACUGAUGAGGACAAGACCAAGAUUCUGGACAAAUACGAGGUCAUUGGCUGGCUUGACAAGAACUAGGUGUAUGAGGGGGCCAUGACCAAGGACAACAACCUGUUGGGCAAGUUGGCGCUGACUGGAAUCCCCCCUGCACCUCACCGUGUUCUUCAGAUUGAGGUCACCUUUGACAUUGACGCUAACGACAUCAUGAAGGUGUCUGCAGCUGACAAGCACACUGGCAAGGAGGACAAGAUCACUAUCACCAAUGACAUGGACUGCUGAGAAGGAAGAGUCUGAGCACCACCAGAAGGAACAUCGCCGUGUUGUACCAAGGUGCUGGUAUGCCCGACGGCAUGACUGGUCGAUUCCCCGGAGCUGGUGGUGCGGCUCCUGGUUAUCUUAACUGACUUGAGGAAGUCAACUUAACCAUUCCACUGUUUCUGCAACUACCUCCCUCACAAGCAACGUUUGAAAUGUUCUACCUGUUUGUGAUGAGUCAGUGACUCUUGUCAGUGAGAUUUUAAAGUUAGAAAAAAUGUUGCCUGAUCACGCUUCUAUUGCAACUUUGUUUGCUACAGAACAGUAAUUUUCUGUUUGCUGUCAGAUUUCACAUGGAGUGUACUGUGCCUUUAAGACAAAAUAAAACAUGGUGACCUUCCACCUCAACUUCUAAA